UGUGAUAGAAUUUUUCCAAACUUACCCAAAGAGAUUCUUUACUGCCCUAUAAUGGCGCGAUCCAGAGGCUCACAGGACUACAUCUCCCAAGAAGCCGCGCGAGAGCAACACAGUCUUGCCAAUAAGGCUGCCGCUCACCUCGGUCUCCAGGGUUUAUUAAGAUGAUGCACCAAGUGGACUGGACGGCUCACUGACAUUUAUCUUAUUGCCAAGCCUGAUGACAUGAGAUCCAUCCCUGGGUUCGAGAUAUCCAAAUGUCAUGGAAGUCAAAGUCGUCGUGUAUGGCCCCUCACCCCGCGCUGGCAUCAGGAAAAUUAAUUUUUUUUUUUUAAAUGUUAAAAGGCAACCGGAACCAGGUGGUGGUGGCUCACGCCUUUAAUUCCGGGAGGCAGAGGCAGGCGGAACUCUGUGAGUUCGAGGCCAGCCUGGUCUACAAGGGCUAGUUCCAGGACAGGCACCAAAGCUGCGGAGAAACGCUGUCUCGAAAAACAAAAACAAACAAACAAAAAAAGGACAACAGGAGAUCUAUUCCGAAGACCGUGGCCUCUCCAGUGCAAAUAGGAAGGCGAACCACCGAGAUGCAUCUUAGUCCUCCAGGGUGCUUAGAGAGACCUUGGGAAUACAAGUCCGUCCACUGCACGGGGGAUAAUGACGCACUUCCGGCUGGAAACAAGUUCGAGCUGGACGGUCCAGAGACUCCAAUGGAUACGGGUGCCGGGGUCUCCGCGCCACCGCUCGGUGCCGAGCUUUGUACCGUGAAAGUGGAGGAGGACUCACCCGGAAAUCAGAAGCCCUCCGGACCCUGGGAUUGUCAGAACCCCGAAACUUCUCGAAAACAGUUCAGGCAGUUGCGCUACCAGGAAGUGGCGGGACCCGAAGAGGCGCUGAGCCGACUCUGGGAGCUCUGUCGGCGGUGGCUGAGGCCGGAGCUGCGCUCCAAGGAGCAGAUCCUGGAGCUGCUGGUGCUGGAGCAGUUCCUCACCAUCCUGCCGCAGGAGCUCCAGGCUUGCGUGCGGGACCUCUGCCCUGAGAGCGGGGAGGAGGCUGCGGUGUUGGUGCGGACUCUACAAAGAGCACUGGACCGGGCCUCCCCACAGGGCUUUGUGACUUACAAGGAUAUGGCCGACUCUCUGACCUGGGAAGAGUGGGAGCAGCUGGCCGCAGCUCGGAAGAGUUUCUGCAGAGAGAGCACGAAGGAUCGUGACGGCACAGUUCUGCCUGGCUUGGAAACCAGAGCUUCAAGCACAGACUGGAUUCCAAAGCAAGAAACUUUAAAGGAAGCAGAAUCACAGGCAUGGGUGCAAGAAGUGUCCCAGGGAAAGGUCCCACUAUUUACCAAGUGUGCUGAUGCCGUUGAGGACUGGGAAGAAAAGCUGCCGAAAGACACUGUAUUGUUGCAUCUCCAGUGUUCUCCUGAAGAGCAAGGACGCACUGCCAUCCCUCCUCUCGUCGGUGUGUCCAAGGAAGGGGUUUCUGAGAGUCACGAAUUUGGGAACAGUGCCAGCCUUGGCCUUGGUCAGCACAUCCAGACAGCAAAGAGUCUCAGUGCCACUGGUGCACACGGGAGUGACCACAAACAAGGCUUCCGUGUGAAAUGCUGUACAGCAAAACCUCACAACUCUGUUGACAGUAGUUUGGGGCUCCGUGAGGACAAACCCUACAAGUGUGACAGCUGUGAGAAGAGGUUCAGACAGUGCUCAGAUCUUUUUAAACACCAGAGGACCCACACAGGUGAGAAGCCCUAUCAGUGCCAAACAUGUGGGAAAAGCUUCAGCCAGAGUGCUGCCCUUGUUAAACACCAGCGGACACACACAGGUGAGAAGCCGUAUGCCUGCCCAGAGUGCGGGGAAUGCUUCAGGCAGAGCUCGCACCUCACUCGGCAUCAGAGGACCCAUGCCAGCGAGAAGUACUGUAAAUGUGAGGAGUGUGGGGAGGUCUUUCAUAUCUCUAGCCUUUGUAGACAUCAGAGACUCCAUAAAGGGGAGAGACCAUACAAGUGUGAGGACUGCCAGAAGAGCUUCAAACAGCGCUCAGACCUCUUUAAGCAUCAGAGAAUCCACACGGGAGAGAAGCCCUAUGUGUGUUUUGUCUGUGGGAAAAGCUUCACUCAGAGUGCAACCCUCAUUAAACACCAGAGAACUCACACGGGAGAAAAACCUUAUAAAUGUCUUCAGUGUGGUGAAAGAUUUAGACAGAGUACACACCUUGUCCGACACCAGAGAAUUCACCAAACCAUAGUCUAGCUUUCAUGUGUCUCUGUGUGACUUGUGGGUGUUUUUGCUGUUGCUGCUAUUUUUGAGAAAAGGUCUCACUGUGCAGCCCUGGCUGACCUGGAAGAAGCUAUAUAAAGCAGGCUGGCCUCAAAUGUGGAGACCAACCUGCCUCCGCCUCCAUCUCCUGAGUGCUGAGAUUAAAGGUGUGCACCACCAUGCCCAGCAUGACUUGUGUUUUGAUUCUUCAGUUGUUUCUUUGUCCGAAAACUACAUUCUUUGUCAUUUGGAACAUUUUAGUCAUUCAUAGAUUUCCUUAGGCCUCUCACACAAGAGACAUUGGGUCUGAUUUGAAAAAUUUUGUCUGUUUUUUGAGAUAGGAUUCCAUUGUGUAGCUCUGGCCGUCCUGGAACACACUAUGAGGACCUGGCUGGCCUAGAACUCAAAGAUUCUCCUCCAUCUACCUUCCAAGUGCUGGGAUUAAAGACAUGUACUACCAAGCUUGGCUUGAACCUUAAUACAUGCUUUUUUAAAAUAGUUUUUUAUUAUUAUGUAUACAAUAGUCU